GCAUUGCCGGCUUGUAGAAAUAUCUAUUUUCUAACUUUUAAGCUUAGACGAAACGCAUAUCCUUCACCUGCCAGCUGCUAGGGACGCCUUCGAGCUCGCUGACCUUUGAACUCUCGUUUCAGCCAGUUUUGUAAGUGCAAGCUCUCCUAAAAUGGCGAUGCCUCCCGCUGCCCCGAGCUCCUGGUCGACAGGCUUCUGCGACUGCUGUGCCCCGCCUGGCGGAUUCGGAAUUUGCCGUGAGUAUGUGUCCUGGCUGCGUGUGUACGCUGGUCUACGACGUUCUGAUCAUAUGUACGCAUGGUGCUGUGGCUGUUGCAUGUAUGGCACAACGGUGGAGAUGAUGCCCCCCGUCGUCUGCUGCGGUGGAAGCUGCGUCGGUGCUUGCUGCGCAUACCUCGGGAUGACGUUCAUCGGAUGCCCCUGCAUCCUGCAGAUGAUGUCGCGCGGCUGGCUCCGCGCCAAGUACGGCAUCCCAGGUGACGGCUGCACGGACUGCUGCCUCACCUGCUGGUGCUCGCCGUGCGCCAUGUGCCAGGAGUACCGCGAGUGCAAGAUCCGUGGCCUGGGCCCCGGUGGCGUUGAGCUCAACAAGCAGCAACCUGCCGUUGCGCCCCAGCAGCAGAUGGUGGCGGUGCCUGCGCCGUACCCUUACCCGCCUGGCCAGCAGUACCCCCCGCAGCAGGGCUACCCGCCGCAGCAGGGCUACCCGCCCCAGCAGGCCUAUCCGCCCCAGCAGGCCUACCUGCCGCAGCAGUAAAUGAGCCACGCAUCGGUGCUCAAAACUGUGCUCGGGCAAUGGUAUCCACCGGACUGUGAGCUAUGGAACACAUGCUACUCGCAUUUUAAUCAAUGGCACUACGGUAGUACAUCCUGCAUGACAUGUCACGGACCUAAACCUUGAUUUGACGCUUGACGCAGCUUGCUGCGGCCUGAACUAUGACAUGUGCCUUUGUGUUUACUUGCCCUGACCAACACCUGUGUGAAUGUGAGGCGACCGGCGGCUUGUAUGAAGCGAGUCUGCUCUGUACAUGGUUCUGGACGUGUUUUUCGUGCAAUUAGUAUGUGUUAAUGCCUAUUGCAUGUAAAUAGGUGGCAGGGAAAAUUCGGGCGGAGCGAGAAGUGCCUUCGCACGUCCAUGGACAAUUGACUUUCGCGAGGUUGCCCGAAAAGCAAGCCAUGGCUUUGCGCAGUAUGACUUCUGUACGUCGUAAAUGUGCUUCAAAGACACAGCAGACGGCGAGCCGUCAUAAAGAGCCUGUCACCGUUGUCCAUUUCUGUAGCGGCUCGCUCUCACGCCUCUUUCUUCCUGGUCCGGGCGCAACCCCCAGUGGACGCGUUCGGACCAGCCAUGGCACCGAAGCGGCGCCGAGACGAAGCUGAGAAGGCGGAGGAGGAGAAAGACCUGCUACAACUGCGGGUGUCAGGAGAUGGCCAUCAAGCGGCUUGGGGGGCUGAAGGAGGGGCAGCGGCCCUGGUCGGUCAAAGUCUGCAACGACUGCUUGACGACCUGGGUGAGGACCGUGCAUGUGCGGGGACGGCUGGGCACUGGGGACGGAUUGAUUGACAGGUUGACGGCUGAGACAGCUCAUGUGCGCUCUCUUCUUCCUCCCCGUUCCCCAUCCCCAGAACCGCGACGUCUCCGCCGCCAACGUGAUCCGUGUGCUCCUCCUGCUGAAGCUGAUGGGCUUCGAGCGGCCGAUCAAGCUGCAGCGGCCGCCAUGGCCGCCGGCGGCGGCGGGGCCGGGCUGAGAGCCUGAACGGCGCUAGCAGGGCGUGGGGCUGAGGGUGCACGUGUCGAUUGGCGGCGAGUGACGUGACUAGUUUGUUAGCUGCGGGUUAGCACGGACUGUGCACCCCACCCAACCGGCCACGUCCGGAUUUGCGGGGAUGCCAAAGGCCCCCAACAUAGAGGCGUGUGCUUAGUAGGCGCCCGCGUCAAGGUGGCUGGGUUGAUAACGACCCGGGAUCAGCCCUUUUCCUGCCAUAAGGCAGCCACCUCCUUGUUCGUGCAAUAAUAGUGGUAUGGCUGCGUGACAUACGGCUAACUGGUGGUGUUCAGGUGUGCUGUGAUGACCGGCUGUGCAUGGCUGGACCGAGCGGACACCGGGCUGUCUAUGCAAACGGCCGCUAGCUCUGUCCUGCCGAUGUGUUAUGCCAGUUAUGAUGUGGGCGCAGCCAAGUUUCUUGGAAAAGGAUGACGUCGAUUCGGAGUGCGGACAUUGACUUGGUUUGGUUUUCGUACGCCUUCAAGGGCCCUGGUGUGUUCGCUUCAGUGUCGCAUAGUGAGGCCUGACUGGAGCUGACUGGGGUUGCAGUCUAAUUAAUGGCUCUGUGCUGUGUAACUAUGCCCACCCCUGG